AUGGCGGCAAUGCCUCAAGCACAAGAUCCUCCUUCAGUGAUCAAAUUCAACAACGAAAACAAGAAGCUUAUUACCAUCCUUAGCAUGGAUGGUGGUGGAGUUCGCGGUCUUAUUCCUGCUAUUAUUGCAAGUUUUCUCGAGCAACAACUUCAAGAAUGUCGUCUAUUUUGCACUUUAAAUGAACGUAUGUAUAAAUUGGACGGUGAAGAUGCAAGAUUAGCAGAUUAUUUUGAUGUGAUUGCUGGAACAAGUACUGGUGGUAUAGUAGGUGCUAUGUUAACAGCACCAGAUGAAAAUAAUCGGCCUCUUUAUGCUGCAAAGGAUAUCGUCCCUUUUUAUCUAGAACACUCCCCUAAGAUAUUUCCACAAGAAAGCGGAGUAUUUAGCUUUUUCAAAUCAAUGACAGGGCCUAAAUAUGAUGGCAUUUAUCUGCAUAAUUUGCUGAGAAGAGAUUUAAAAGAAAUGAAGCUUCAUCAGACUUUAACAAAUCUCAUUAUUCCAGCUUUUGAUAUUAAGUUGCUCCAACCAAUUAUAUUUUCUUCUUUCAAGAUACCAGCUCAACCUUCUAUUAAUGCAAAGCUAUCUGAUAUAUGCAUUGGUGGAUCGGCUGCCCCAACAUUUCUCCCCUCAUAUCAAUUUGGAGAUCCAAGUGUUAGGGAAUUUAACCUUAUUGAUGGUGGAAUUGUGGACAAUAAUCCGACUUUGAUAGCUAUGAUUGAAGUGAGCAAACAAAUGAUAAAGGAAAACCCAAAUGCUCACCGAAUGCAUGAUGGAAGGUUGCUAGUGAUUUCAAUAGGAAGUGGAUCAGCAAAAAAUGAGGAAAAAUAUAAUGCUAAAAUGACAGCAAAAUGGGGGCCUCUUUCUUGGAUUAUGAAUGGUGGAUCAACUCCUAUUAUAGAUUGUCUCUUUGAAUCUGGAGCUGAUAUGGUUGAUCUUCACAAUAAUGUUCUUUUUCAGGCUACUCAAACUCAAGACAACUACAUUCGUAUUCAAGAUAAUAGCUUAACAGGAGUAGCAACAUCACUAGAUGUAUCAACAAAAAAGAACAUGCAAAAUCUGGUAAAAAUUGGUCAAGAGUUGCUCAACAAACCAGCUUCACGAGUUGACCCUGAAACUGGAUUUCUCGAAGCUAUUCAAGACAUGGGCACCAACGCAGAAGUUCUCACAAGGCUGGCAAAACGACUCUCAGACAAAAGGAAAUUCCGGAAUACCCAAAAAUUUGUCAUUACAAAAGCACAACUGUAAUAUUUUUGUGUUUUUAUUUAAAUAUUUAUAUUUUUUGAAUUUACAGGAUCUUACAUAAUUAUCAAUUACUUUGGAAAGACAAGAUGUUUUCUAGCUGGUGUGUAUGAACUUAAAUCAAACCCCUUUAAUUUUUCAUUGAAAAGAGGUGUUUAACAUUUAAAAUAUGUUAUUAGAAUUCCUUUUAUCAUUCCCUAUCUAAACAGCCAUUCGAUACGGAAACAUGAAAGG